AGAGAAGAGAGCACAAGUGCUUGCGUCGUUUCCCUUGGGAUUUCUUCCUAUUUUCCUGAUUUAUGUUAUAGAAAAUUGUUCGAUAAUGGCACAGGGUGGACGUCCAGGGAGCGCAGUGUAUCUUUCCCCGGGAAAUUUCACCUACGAGCCCGUGUCUCCGUCUGCCGUGCUCGGGCCUCUGUGGUCGCGGACUUUCAGCUUCGACUUCCCGAAAUAUCACUCUCGUCUCCUCGACCAGGCGUUCGGAGAGGGUCUUGCGUUUUCGGACUUCGGGCCGCCGACUUCGCCGGGCGGGUACGCCCUACCCCGCCGCCGCCUCAAGUCGGAUAAGGAAGGGUUCUCCGAGGUAAAAGUGGAGGAUGGAAAGUUCGUCGCCCGCUUGGACGUUUCCGCGUUCUCAUCCGGGGACCUGACCGUGAAAACCAUCGACAACAAGGUCCACGUCCACGGGAAGCACGAAGAGACCCAAGACCAGCACGGACUCGUCUCUCGGGAGUUCAACCGUCAGUACCUGCUUCCGGAGGGGGUGGAUCCGCUCACCGUAACAUCCAACCUGUCCGAAGACGGUGUUCUGACGGUGGAGGCCCCCCUCCCGAAACCCGUGGAGGACAAACCGCGGGGCCGGGUAGUUUCCGUGCUGACAACACAGGUGGGACCGGCGACGCAGAAGGUGGAAGAGAAACAAGAACACUGGAAGACAGAGUAUGAAGACGUGGACUCUGCCAUGGGAUUCAUGUGAACAAUAGCUAUCAAUAUUGCCCGUUUUCUAAUCCUUAUUUGGAUUCAUUUGAACAGUAGUACCCAUCAAUAUUACCAUUUUUGUCCAAUUCAUGAAUUAGAUAUCAAUAUUAUCCCGU